AUGAGUGCCAUACAAAACAGUGGAUGCUCCGAUUCCAAUCAAAAUCCUCAAGGCUCCGUAUGUAGCGGUCACGGAGCUCUGUCCAGCAGUACAGCUGCCGAUGGGCCGCCGACCUAUGAUACCAGCGAGAGGUUUACCGCCGCAGGCAGACCCUUCCACCCUGAAUUUAACCCUUCGACAACAACCCCCAACCCCGUCCCCGCCGAGGCCGAGCCCGGGAAACAAGGCUCCAAGUACGCGCACUGGGGCCACUGGCGCUUCAGCGACACCGACAUCAUCGCCGUUCCCGUGAAAGUGCCCCGCGACAAAAGCAGCUUCAAAGGCAAAGCGGCCGCCCUCGGCGCGCUGCUACAAGGCGAGUCCGCAGACUAUGAGCUCAAGACGAUCAGCAUGACGCGGAAGGAGUACCUGGAGCACUACGCCAUGGACGCCGAGGGGAAGUACAUAGGGACUGGGCCACCGGGCUAUGGACUUGAGGGGCACGGAGUGGUGUUUGACCAGGACUUGAAGGAUGUGGAUGCGGCGGGCAGGAAGAAGAAUAGGAAUAGGGACAUCUUCUUAAACAAUGAUACGAUUUUGCCGGGAUGGGUGUGUGAUCUGGGGAAUAAGCAGCUGGAGAAGAGGGACGAGCGGAGGAGGAGCGGGAGUAGGAACGGUGCUGCUGGGGGGAGCAGAGGGCGCGGAGCUCUGCCGGCGCGGGAGGUGCCUAAAGGCCAAACGGGACGUGUAUGUUAUCGCUGA